AUGCCGCCCCUGCCUGCGCUUGCGCCGGUGCUCGUUGCAGUGACGCUCACCCACCUAGUGUGCCAUUGCUUUGUAAACACCAAAUAUCAAAUACAGCUAGACUACAGCAUACCUAGCGAGUUCCUCCACAACGACCGUCCGCAUAAGUACACCAACGUAACUAUUGGGAAUGACUCCUUUCUGUGCCUCUUAGGAAAGUCUAGCAGGUUUGGCGAUGUCAGAGAAGGGGGGACUCCUUUUCCCUCUCCCUAUGAGGAUGAGGCGGAAGAGGUAGCACUGUCGUCGGUGUGUGAUGAUCUGGAGGUAUUUAAAACGGCAGGAGAAGAAACACCCCAAGGGAUGAACAAGUACGUGGAGGAAAAACUACGUCGAAGCAAUUACCGCUUGAAGUAUUCUCAGGGGCAAGGAAUAUAUUACGAAUUAGAUACACAAAAUGAUCUCCCCUCGGCAGGCACAUGGGAAGGGGCGGCAACCCAAAUGGUUGGAAGUAAAAUGGAAGCGGGAGCAACCACCCGCAAAAAAGGAGGAGAGGAAGAAGGAGCAGCAGGAAGAAGCACCAAAGGGAGUGGCCACGGAUACAGGGAAGCCAACCAAGCAAUGAAGAAAGACCACACAGGGAGUGGCCACGGAUACGGGGAAGCCAGCCACGCAAUAAAGAAUGACCACACAGGAAGGAGGGGGUCCCCAAAGAAGCACAGCUUUAACGAAAUGAACGUAGCUCAACGAAAGAAGAACGCACGCCUAGCCAUACAGUGCAACUUCCAAAAAAUGUAUGACUACAUAUUCUACAAACACAAAUUCAAUGCCUAUCAUAAAAAUAGAACCUAUCGAAACGUGAACGAACAAGUUUUGCUAAAAAAUCACAUGAUAAGGGGGAAAAUGCUAACCAUAAAAAAUGCUUGCAUUGAUGUGUUUGCACCGUCUAGUGAGAAUGAACUGAAAAUCUGCCUAAACAGAUCCAUCUCAUUUGUUUCGAAAAGGUAUGAUCAGAAAAAAAUCCCAACUAAGAAAAAAAAACACACAUGUGUUUGUAGCUACCAGAAUGACAAAGAUCUACUCUUCGUUAACAACACCGUAGUUCAGUACUACAGCGAUGGGACCUAUUUAUUUGAAGUCCUUUACAUAUGUGGGAACAAUAACUUACGAGUUAACAGCUUUGAAAAAUUGCAUCGAUAUUAUUUCCCGUUGAUUUUCCAGAUAUAUGAACAUGUUCAGGCGAAUUUGACCCAAUUGUACAAAAUUAUUCAAAACAAAUGGGCAAGCAAGGAGCCUUACUUUUUUAAAACCUUUUCCAUGUACAGAUACAGUGAGAGUUACUUCAGAGCGUUAAAGGAGAACCUAAAUAAAUUGUUGAAUGGAUUUUUUCCAAAGGUAAAGCAUCUCUACAGGGUAACUCUUAGUGCAUAUAUGUUCUGUGAUUACACCGAUAGGGUAAACCCACCCAAUCAUUUAUUGCUAAAAGGAUUAAUGAAUAAGUGCUUCCAGUUCAGUAAGCAUGACGAAUAUAUUUACGAAGUAUGCUUACCCAACAGCGUCAUUCGAUAUGAGAAGGACGCAUAUGAUAGAGUAAAGUACCCCCUUACUUUGCUUGGAUCUUCUGAUCGCUCCACAAAUGAAGGAAAACCUUUUUUCGAAAAAAUGUAUGAUGCGUUUCCUGUGCUCAAAAUGAAUUAUAGGAAUCGUAAAGAUGCAGAAAAUUAUUUGAAGACACAAAAGGGGGUAAUUACUCAAUCGGCUGACAAGCCAGUGGAGAUUUUAAAAUACGGGAACGAAAACUUCUACAAAGCGUUAGCGGUUGAUUUGAGGGGAGGACGGUGCAGAGACUCUCUUGGCGAUGUACACGAUUACAUAACGACCAUCUACUUUGACUGCUCUUUGCAUUACCAGAACGAGACGCAGACAAACAUAGUGAACAUAUUUCAGACCACGGAGUGCCACUACUACGUGCAUGUGUCGUCUCCCGUCCUUUGCGCCCACCCGACCCUGCACACGUCUUUAAAAUCGCAGAACGAAGUUGUGCGGUGUUUCAGAAAUGUGUUUGCAGCGAGCGCCCAGAGGGUGGGCCGCUCCAGAGGCAGAAGCGGAAGCAACAGUGCCUCCGCGAGCUGUGGAGAGGGAGAGCCCGCGUUAGACGACCCCUACCUCAGUGACGCAGACAAGCUCUACCUGCACCAGUUUCAGGGAAAAAAAAAAAUGCUGCAGAAAAAAAACAUGCACGCACUCGAAUCCGUGCCCAGGAACACUAAAAUGGAGUUCGGCGUAAAAUAUGACUUCGGGUUAGGAAAUUAUAUCCGAAAAAGAGUGUACAAAGGAACCCCCAUUUUUCACAUUGGCAACAUUGUGAGGCAUCGAUACUGGAAUUACGAAGCAGUGGUGGUCAGCUGGGAUUACAUGUGCUACGCGCCAGCCGAGUGGAAAUAUCAUUUCUUUCUCGAGUACCCAACCGAAGUUCAAAACUCUGUGCAUUACCUCCUUUUGGUUAAUAAAGACGGGAAAAAGGGAGGCGCAAUUUUACAUGACCGUUCAACUUACACGGACCAUCCUAACAAACGUACAGAAACUUCACACGCGAAACAGGAUAAACACUCAACUGCUGACGUGGCGUGGGAAAACGUCCGACUCAACGUGAGCGAAGAACAACCAUUCCAUGAUGACCACUUCAACUUCGCGUACGUUCCCGAGUCCAGUUUGGUUUAUGGAGACAAAAUGAUUUACAGUGAACAUUUGUCGCAGUUUUUCGAACAGUACAAUUCCUUUUUUCAUUUUUACAUUCCAAAAAAGGAUCAUAUAAUUUGGAAGCUUUUCCCGUAUGACUUCUUCAACCUUAUAUUUUGA